AUCCAGUAAUUGGGCAUCUUCAAUUCAUUCGCCAGCGAGCUCAUAGCCUGCCAUCCUGAAUCAUGGCGGCGAGCACAGGCGACACUAACAAUGCACAAGUGCGCGUCAGGCUCACAACGAGAGACACGAAUCUUAGCCUCGAAGAGAGUGCACCGAUCCUGAUUCCUACAUACUUCCGUCGCUACACCCUCUCCACACUUGUCAACAACCUGCUCAAGACCGAAAGAGCAGUUCCUCUCGAGUUCAUUAUCAAUGGGACUUAUCUUCGGACCACACUUGAGGAAUACCUCACAAACAAUGGCAUCUCUACUGAAACGACGCUCACCGUUGAAUAUGUUCGAGCGCGGAUACCACCUCAAUACGUCGCCUCCUUCGAACACGAUGACUGGGUCAGCGAUGUUGACGUCCUACCCGGAAACUCUCCCAGAAUUCUGUCUGCGAGUUACGAUGGGCUAUUAAGAGUAUGGAAUACGUCUUCACAAGUCCUGGCAAGCUCACCAGGUAUGUCGCAAGGGGGACAUGGGUCAUUCGUAAAGUCUGCCAAAUUCGCAUCGGCAAACCAAAUCGUGUCGGGAGGGUUCGAUAGGACGUUGAGGUUGUGGAAAUACACGGAGGAACAAGAUGGAUUCUCGGCCAACAUUGCACCCCAAGUUGAACUGUAUGGCCACAAGGCCUCUGUUGACUCUGUCUGUCCGCAUGCUGCCUCAGGACGUAUCUUAUCCGGCUCCUCGGAUCAUUCGGUGGGAAUCUGGUCUACACGAAAAUCGGAUGCGCCUGCCGCACCAGAAGCCCUCGUCCCUCGCUCAAAGACCAAGGACGGCAAGAGGAGGAAGUUGAACUCUGAGGUGUCCGUAACGCAGAGGGGACCUCUGGCGCUGAUGCAACAACAUACUGGGCAGGUCUCGGGUGCCAUCUUUGACAGCAAUGACCCUACAGUUGGGUACUCCACUUCUUGGGAUCAAACGGUACGCACAUGGGACUUGGUCACUGCGUCCCUGGUCGAUACGAGAACGACGUCUAGUGCACUCUUUUGUGUAGAGCAAAUGCCGUCACUGCAUCUGAUUGCAGCCGGCUCCGUCAGCCGUGUCAUCAAGAUGGUGGAUCCACGAGUAUCCGCGGCCACGGUGACCGCCAUGACAUUAAAGGGCCACAAGAACUCUGUUGCAAGCCUUGCGCAAGACCCGAGCAACGAGUACACAAUCGUCAGCGGUAGCCAUGACGGCACUUGCAGGGUCUGGGAUGUCCGAAGCGCACGGCAAGAGAAAGAAGGGGCCGUCGCGUCAAGUAUCUACACUCUGCCCAGAGCUGGCUCCAAGAAUGGCACUGCUUCAGCUGUUGGAGAUGGUGUCAAAGUGUUCGCAGUCUGCUGGGACAAGGACGUGGGCAUUCUCAGCGCGGGGGAGGACAAAACGGUCCAGAUUAACCGAAGUGACAACCAGACUUGAAAAUGCACAGUGACAAGAGCUGAUGAAGGCCAUAUUCUUUCAUCAUUGAGGAGGUCGACUCUUGUCAAAUGCUGGCUCUUGCGGAGUAUUCCUAGCUAGCGCAAGCUACCCGCGCACAGCAUUGAUGUCCACGGCGGCAACAGAAUACCCGACUGGUUGCAAUGUCCGGUCAAAGAAGGUGGCACUAGGGAGCUAUCCAUUCGGAGGCUGGUUAGUAGUCACUGCGGACUUUUGAGUCGGAGAAGGGCAGGCAAGAGCAUCAUGAUGCACUUGAUUCUUCAGAGCACUAGGCAGGAAAAAGCGAAAGCAUUAACCGCAAGGAUUGGCUGGGGUAGGACGAAGUGUCAACACGUGCAUCAGGAACAGAUGACACCAUGGCGAGCAUCUUGGGGUGCCCGGAGAUGAGAAGAGGCCGAAAGUGGCAGGUUCAGGUGCUACUGCCGCCAGGGAGGCCAGGGGGGAGCAGCAGGGAGAGUCAAGGAAUACGGAGAUGGAGACGGACCAAGUCUAGCGGCGUAGGCCGUGGAUUUGCACGAGCGAGAACAUGCUGAGUUACUACGUAGUAGUCAUUGCAGGCGUGGUGUGAGUGUCUGUGUCCAGGUAUUGAUCAGACACUGCUUGUAAUCUGUAACUCUCGCAAAGAGAAAAGAGAGAGAAGUGGCCAGGACUCCGUACGGAGGACUGUGAAUGAAAAUGUUGUUGAACUGCUUAA